AUCUGCGUGCGAAACCUAGCAGCAGCAGCCGCCGCCUCAGCCUCAGCCGCUAUCCUUGCUUUUCUUCGUUGAGUCUCCUCUAAGCUUCGAAAGGUUCGUUCUUUCUUGAAGCUCUGCUUUGCUUCUUUCCACUCACGUUCCUUUUUGUAUCUCUGUUCAAGCUUCCAUUGUCCCCCGAUCCAUUUAUUCAUUCUUGUUGUGGCUAUGGUGGAUCCUGAAGCUGUGUUGUUGAGCGGUGUUUUUACUUCGACUUGCCUGUUGGUUGGUUGUCUGAUGAUGAAACCUGUAGAGAGAUCGAUCGAUAGGUUUUUGCUGAGUGAUGUUUGAUGAUUGUUUGUAAAACUCCGGAUUUCGUGUUCGCCUUCCAGGAAUCGAUAUUAUAUGGACAGAUUGUUUGUGCUCGGAUUUGAACGAAUCUGAUGGUGGUUGAAUUACGGUCGCAUUCUCUGAGGAAUUGGUUUCUAAUUGUCUUUGGGUGCGAUUUGCACUAUUCUGUUAGUGGUUGGAUUAUGGUCUUAGCUGAUGCUUAUUCCCCCAUUUGAGUUUAGUUUGCGAUAACUAUGAGUCGAGUUACUUAAACUAGAAAACUAGGGCUUGCUAAUUUCAUAUGAUGAAUUUAGUUAUGAUGGUGGCAUCUGUAACUAUGAUCAUCAUGCUUUGCGAUUUGUAAUACACCAAUUGUGUUAGACUGUCUACCGCACUUAAGCUUGUCAUUUAGGUUUGUUUCAUCUGUUGAGCCAAUUGAAUUUGCUGCUUGUGACAUUGGUAGCAUAGAUCCAACACUAUGGUGCCUAUUGAUAGCUGAUGUCCUGUAAAUAUCAUCAUCCUGUGUUAAUAACUCUUCACGCAGUGGUAUCCUCUUUAACUCUACUACCAUUUUGUAACUUGUGCAGCAGGAUGGACUCUCAGACCAAGCACGCUUUGGUUGUGAAGGUGAUGGGCCGUACUGGAUCCAGGGGGCAGGUGACUCAGGUCCGAGUCAAGUUCAUGGACGACCCCAACCGCUUCAUCAUGAGGAAUGUCAAGGGUCCAGUGAGAGAAGGCGACAUCCUCACCUUGCUCGAGUCUGAAAGAGAGGCCAGGAGGCUUCGUUGAGAUCUUACCCUUCUGGUUUGGGACAGGUUUCCCGAUGGCUUGUUAUUGUGGUGUGUGUCCAUCAGAACUUGGUGUCAUUGAGGUUUUGGUUCAUUUUGACAUGCUCAAUCAAAUUUUGUUGUCAUGAAGACUUGGAAAUCUGUGUUGUGAGUUUUAUAAUUUACGGAUGGGAUUUUAAGUGAUAAUCACUCUGAACGUUUGAAUCUCUUUCAUAGCUUUCUCCUGUUGGAUUGUAUUUUUUUCUCGUGUUGAUCCUGCGUCCUGCCACCUAAAAAAUGCGGCUUGCUGCCCUAAGUUUGUUUUCUUCCGUGGUAGAAAUGGUGAGCUUGAUACAGUUGCCAAAUAACAGGUUUGAGACCAA